CUCUUGGUUGAGUCAUUGGAGAGGGGUCUGCAAUGCCAAUUCAGGGGUCUGAUCUGGGGCUAUUCCGGAAGAGACCAUAUAUGCGGACGCUUUACAUUUGCUCGGUGAUCAUCUCCAAACACCCGGUGAUCGGAUCUCAGACGCACCGGAAAACGGCUUCAUCACUGCUUUUAAAAGCCCCUAAUUGAGGCUGCCAGAAUCUGAUGCUUUCAGAUAAUCUCC